CUGAGCCGGGAGCCGGGAGCCGAGCGCGCCGGGCUGGGGCCGGGGCCGGAGCGGAGCGGAGAAGGGAGCGCGCCCGCCCCAGCCCCGAGUCCCUCCGCCUUUCCCCCCGCCGCCGCAGCGCGGGCGCAGCGGCCGCCGCCCCAGCCAUGGAGCAAGACAACAGUCCCCGGAAGAUCCAGUUCACGGUCCCGCUGCUGGAGCCGCACCUUGACCCCGAGGCGGCGGAGCAGAUUCGGAGGCGCCGCCCUACCCCUGCCACCCUCGUGCUGACCAGUGACCAGUCUUCCCCAGAGGUCGAUGAAGACAGGAUCCCCAACCCACUUCUCAAGCCCAGUCUGGCAAUGUCUCCUCGGCAACGGAAGAAGAUGACAAGGACCACACCCACCAUGAAAGAGCUCCAGAUGAUGGUUGAACACCACCUAGGGCAACAAGAGCAAGGAGAGGAGCCCGAAGGAGCCGCCGAGAGCACAGGGGCCCAGGAGUGCCAGCCACCUGGGACCCCAGGCACAGGAGCCGAGUCCAGGCUGGGCCCCUCGGCGACAGCACAAAAGCCUGCACAGCCCAGCCCCAGAGCUCAGGAGAGGCGUGGCGAGGAACCCUCCACCGCUAAAACAUCGCAAGACUCCCAGGGAGCCAGCGCGGUCUGAGAGAGGAGGAGGUGUCCUGGAAUCAAGGCCGCGGUUGGGGGAUGCAUGGACACUGGAUUUGUUUCUUAUUUCCUCACUUUUGGAGAAAAAAAAUCUCUUGUUUUUAAAAAGUGAUAAAUUUGGUGUUAGGUC